AUGUGGGGAACGUCGUACCGUGACAAGUCCACACCGAAGAUGGAAAUUCUUGUGUUCUCAGGCAACUAUCAGCAGUGGGUAUCCUUCAAAGAUCUUUUCGAUGAAGCAAUCCACAACAAUCCUUGUCUGUCAAAGGCACAAAAGAUGCAGUUCCUGAAGAGUACGCAAGAGACAUCGGAGAUUUUAUUAGCCACAGCGCUGGAGAAGGUCACAGCAGCCGACAGGACCCAGCACGUCAUGCGAGCACUGAUCGAUCAGGGCUCACAAGUUUCCGUGAUCAGCGAGAAAGCAGCACAGCAGCUAGGAUUAAAGCGAAAACCUUGUAAAGGGGUUAUCUUUGGAGUAGGCGAGCAUGAAAAUAAUUGCAAAGGAAAACUAACGAUCGCUUGUCAAUCGACUUACACCGAUUUUAAGUUUUCUACUGAUGUUGUAAUAAUGAACAACUUAAUAAAACAUCUGCCAAAUGAAACGUUCGCUAAGCCAUCUUGGCAACAUAUAGCACAUCUCUGUUUAGCGGACCCAGAUUAUAACAUCAGUCGUCCGGUGGAUCUUCUCCUAGGAGCAGAAGUCUACGCCAACAUCCUGUUAGAAGGAUUAAUUCGCGGACAAACGUCCUCGGAACCGCUAGCACAGCAAACGCAUUUAGGAUGGUUGCUGUGCGGUGGCAAUAUAAGCACUUCAUUCCAAUGCAACGUGAUCUUGCAUAACGUUGAAGACAUUCAACAAUUCUGGAAAAUUGAAGACAUUCAAGAACAGAAUUCUAUGUCCGUAGAAGAUCAGGAAUGCCUAGAUUUUUAUGAAACCACGAUGAAACGUCUAGAAGACGGUCGUUAUGUAGUUAGGUUACCCAUGAAGCCAGAAUUAGAAGAGAAGCUAGGAUCUUCGAAAGAGAUAGCGAUGGCACAAUUCAAAAAUGUAGAACGUAAGUUUAGUAAGAAUGAAUACCUAACGAAGCAAUACAAGCAAUUUAUCCGCGAAUAUGAAGAGCUGCAACACAUGAAGUUAGCGACUUCUAACAGCAAACAGAAGGCAGGAAGAGAAUGUUUCCUUCCUCAUCAUGCGGUACAAAGAGCAGAAUCUAGCACAACAAAGCUGCGCGUAGUAUUCAACGCAUCGUCUGAAACUACUUCAGGCUACAGCCUUAACGAUCUAAUGUACAGGGGUCCAAACCUCCAGUUAGACCUGUUGGAGCUUAUCCUGUGUGGAGGCAAUAUCGUUUCGCAUUCACAGCUGAUAUCGAAAAAUGCUUCCGUAUGA